GGUAGCCACUGUCGAGGAGUCAGGGCGUCUGCAAACUUGUUGCGCUCUAAGAAGCAACAGUAGUAAACCCAGAGAUCAGCUCUCCUUACAGCUGUCUGUAAAUUUAGAGCCUCUGAACUCUGUCAGAGUGGGAAACAGACAACUGGGAACAAACAGGAGACAUGGAGCCUAGAUACAGUCCCAGCCUUUGCUUUGUUCUGUAUGUUACGCCCGGGUUCUGUUUAUGGUGUGAAUUCAGGAAGCUGCACUAGAUGCGGUGAACCAGUGUAUGUCACAGAAGGAGCCUGCAGAGCGAUGGGACAUUUAUUCCACAACACAUGCUUCACCUGCAGCAUUUGCAGCAAACAGCUAAAAGGACAGCCAUUUUUCACAGUAUCAGGACACAUAUACUGUGAAGAUGAUUUUUUGUUUUCUGGAGUUCACCCAUCUGAAGAAAUGUGUAACAGUUGCGGAUGUUCAAUCACAGAUUUGACAGGAGCUGCAGGGUCAGCCCUUCGCUGUGGACUCAGACUGCAAGGUUUACUGCAUCACCGACUAUCACAGGGUCCAGUCUCCUCUUUGUUAUGCCUGCACAAAGCCGAUACUCCCAACACAGACUCCAUCCCAUGGUCCAUGGCCUUAAAGGACAGCUCGGUGCUGUGGUCUCUUGUUGUGGAUCUGUCCCUGUUGGCUCUUUUUACGGCACAACACAGCCUACUGGCUUGGUCCCCGGUCAAACAGGCCCUACAGUCGGUAACGGGGGCCCUGAACAGGACAGCAUACUGCUUUACUACUGCUCUCGCUCUUCAGAUUAUGAUGCGUUACUGGCAACCAGUGACUGGCGCCCCCUGCCUGUGGUCAGUGCGUCAUGCACCCUGGAGUAUAUGGUUUCCUCUACUAUGCUUUUCUCUGCACUUCCUCUGCUGGGCCAUUAUCUGCAGCAUCCUCGUCAUUUUUGAUUAUCCAGAACUACUGGGUAUUAAGCAGGUUUACUAUAAGUGCCUUGGUAUGGGGGAUCCUUUCUCCCAGAAGCCACUGCCUGCUCAGCGCCUCCUGUCCCACCUCCGCCACCCUGUGUGCCUGGAGCUGGUCGUCAUCCUGUGGCUGCUGCCGGCCUUAUCCCUGGACAGACUGCUGCUGGCCGGGACGCUGUCAGCCUACCUGGCUCUGGCACACUCUCUGGACAAACAGGAUUUAGCCUACCUCUGUGCUCGGCUUAAAGACAAGGUGCAGCUCUUUGCCGAGCCACAGCAAGGCAGUGUGGAGCAGAACGGCAGAAACCACAAAGAGAAGGGAGGUUAAUGCAGUCUCACUGCUUUGAUCUAAGGAUGACUUGAUGUGUGCAAGAUUUGUUUCAAAGCUGGAUAUGACCACAGCGGUUCUGUCAUCUUUUUUGUUUACCGCAUACUUUGUUU